GAUGAAAUAAACAUCCUCGCCGGGAAAGUCACGACGGAGAGCGAAGGAGAAAACUCGAUUUGGUCUCGUCGCGAUUCGAAGGUUGAAGAAAUAAUCAAUAGAGAAAUUAGCUUACAGAGAUGGCGUUUAAGCCUUUCGGAAAAGAUGUAGGUCCGGCGAUGAGCUCCAAGCCAUCGCCGUUUACAACGUUUGGCGCUUCUUCUGCUCCUGCUCAAACCACAAGUGAUUCUCCAAUUCAGCCACCGGCGUCUCAGAACCAUUCAGGCUAUGCAGGACAAUCUUUUGGACCACGUGGAACUCAGAGUGGUGCUUCAGUUCAGCGAGCACCGUCUCCUUCGGGAUUUCAAAACCCUCCACCUUUUAUAGGGCAACCUUACCGACCAGGUGGGGUACAAAGUAGUCUUCCAAUGAAUCGAACACCAUCUCCUUUGGCUUUUCAAAAUCCCUCACUUUCCUCGGGACAACCUUACCGGCCUGGUGGAACUCAGAGGAGUCCAGGACCUGUCAAUGGAAUACAAUGGGGUUCAGAAGCUUUUCCACGUCCAAGCCCUUCUGUGAGACCUUACCAAUUUCCUGGAGUUCAGAGCAGGCCUACUUUAAAUCCUCAGUUUGGGCAUGAUGAGUCAAGGAACUUACUGAAGGAUCAGGGUAAACAUAGUCUAGCCACAUCUGCAGCUAGUAUAUCACACACUCUUUCGAGAAGUGGACCUGAUGCAGUUGAGAUUGGUCGAUCACAAGAUUCAAAAAGGAAAAGUCAGUCAGAUCUUCCUGGUCGGAGUUUGGGGUUUCCUCGAAUAAAUCAUUCGCCAGUAUCAGAUUUCGAGAAUGGCAGCUUGGUAGAUGAUGUUCAGCAGCCAUCUAGCCACACUUGGAUACGCUCUCCUUCUGCGGACAAUAAUCCUGUGAGGUCGAGGAGCAAUCCCAAUCGGUUGAUCCAGCAAGAACAAACCCCAAGCUCUUCAUUCCCGUACGCACAUGAAUCAGUUGAAAUUCAGGAAGCAACAAAAAGAAGGCUUUCGACAUCUCCUCCUGCGUCAGGCGCAAAGUCAUUUAUGCUUUCAAGAAGCUCGGAUUCCCAAUUUCCUGUGCAGCCCUCCUCUCUAAAUAAUUUCAAUAGUGCGGGUAAGGCAAACAGUUCACCUGCAACAAAAAGGACGAGAUCUCCAACUUCAUAUCCAGUGGAAGAGGAUAUCCAGGGAAACUCUUUUCCUUCUCGAGAUUGUACUGAAGGAGAAGAACAAGCCAGGGCAAAGAGACUGGCCCGCUUCAAGGGUGAACUAGACCCUGUUCCAGCCCGUCCUGUUGAUACUCAACUUACUAAAUCAUCUGUAAAUAAAACUGUGAAGCCUCUGGACAACAAACAAACAUUCAAUUCACUGGAAUCAAGCAGGGAUGCCUUGCCUGAAUAUGAAAGCUCGGAGCAACCCUCUCUUAUCGUUGGAUUAUGCCCUGACAUGUGUCCUGAGUCGGAACGAGGAGAGCGUGAAAGGAAGGGGGACUUGGACCAUUAUGAGCGUGUGGAUGGAGAUAGGAACCAGACGAGCAAAUUCCUUGCCGUGAAGAAAUAUACCAGGACGGCGGAGCGAGAAGCAAUUUUGAUACGACCAAUGCCAAUCUUGCAGAAUACAAUGGAAUAUUUGCUGAGUUUGCUAGACCGACCGUACAAUGAAAACUUUCUUGGUAUGUACAACUUCUUAUGGGAUAGGAUGAGAGCUAUCCGAAUGGAUCUAAGAAUGCAGCAUAUUUUCAACCGAGAAGCUAUUACUUUGCUGGAGCAAAUGAUAAGACUUCACAUCCUUGCAAUGCAUGAGCUAUGCGAAUAUACUAAAGGAGAGGGAUUUUCGGAGGGGUUUGAUGCGCACCUGAAUAUUGAGCAGAUGAACAAGACAUCUGUUGAGUUGUUUCAAAUGUAUGAUGAUCACAGGAAGAGAGGAAUAACUGUUCCUACAGAAAAAGAGUUCCGUGGCUAUUAUGCUCUUCUCAAACUCGACAAGCACCCUGGCUAUAAGGUUGAACCUUCUGAGCUUUCUCUUGAUCUUGCUAACAUGACUCCAGAAAUAAGGCAAACGUCAGAAGUUCUCUUUGCCCGCAAUGUAGCCAGAGCUUGUAGAACUGGCAACUUUAUCGCCUUCUUUCGCCUCGCACGGAAAGCAAGCUAUCUUCAAGCAUGUCUAAUGCAUGCACAUUUUUCGAAGCUAAGAACUCAGGCACUUGCUUCUCUGCACUCGGGUCUCCAAAAUAAUCAGGGUAUCCCAGUUUCAGAUACGUCAAAUUGGAUAGGGAUGGAGGAAGAGGACAUAGAAGCCCUGUUGGAGUACCAUGGAUUUUCAAUAAAAGUGUUUGAAGAGCCAUACAUGGUAAAGGAUGGCCUAUUUCUUCAUGCUGAUACAGACUAUAAAACAAAAUGCUCAAAACUUGUUCACAUGAAAAAGUCAAGAACCAUUGUGGAAGAUGUUUCUGCUCCCUCGACAAAGGAAAAUGUUUCUGCUCCCUCUCCGUUGUCAUCAUUGCCGACAGAAGCAAAUAAAGGACAUAAACCGCUUAUUACCACCUAUAAACAGGAAAGGCCGCCUGCUCAAAGUCCUAAGAAACAAACAUCAGUGCGUCCAGUUGAUAAAGAAAUGACCGACUCGAAGACUUCCCUCUUACUGGAGGAGGACAAGCCAGUGAGAACAUCUGUAAUAAAUCCAGUGUGGCCACCUGUUAUAAAUCCAGCAGUGGAUCAACAGAAACAAAAUGACCUUACGCCGGCUGGUGGAUUUCAUUCUCCCCUGAAGUUCAGUUCUCCUUUUGGUUCUCCUGGAUUUCCUCAAGCUGUAUCCUCGAAUCUGAAGAAACAACCUAAUGACGGCCACACUAGUUCAUCUCCUGCGAAAAUUAAAUUUCCAUUUGUAGCGCAUAUGCAAAUGAAUCUUGUGCCUGAACCUACUUUGCAACAAAGUCCGAAGUCUACGCCAAUGGAGAGUUUGCCUGUAACUACCAUUUCAGAGUCUCCGACGAUUGUAGAAAACAUAUCUGCUUUGGAAGAAUCAGUACCUGAAGCUGCGAUGACUGGUACCAUGGAAGAGGGACUCCAUGACAUUGAACAGGAAGAUGAGGAUGGAACUGAGGACAUCACAAAUCAAUAUGACGAGGAAGUGGCGAAGGCAAAACUUAAAUUGAUGAUAAGAUUAUGGAAGCGGUGGUCUUCACGCCAAAGUCAAUUACGGGAGCGUCGACAGUUAGCUGCAACGGCUGCACUGAGUUCUCUAUCCCUGGGCACACCUAUCCGAUUCAGCAAACCUGAUCAAUCUAGGCCGUGUGGUGAGUUUGACAUUGAUCAAGCAAUGAAGAGGAGAUUUGAAGAACGUGAAAAAUCAUGGUCAAGGCUGAAUAUUUCAGAUGUGAUAGCUGAUACACUACUCGAAAGGAAUCCAGACUCAAAAUGCAUAUGCUGGAAGGUCAUCUUAUGUACUCAGGCUAAAUCAGUUAACACCUCAAGUCAAGAUACACAUUCAGCAGCCAGUCGUUGGUUAUUAUCAAAGCUUAUCCCUCACACAGAACAUACCGUCCCCGAUGAGAAUCUGCUGUUUUCAGCCCCCGGUGUAUCGGUAUGGAACAAAUGGAUUGAAAGUGGAUGUUGUCUUUCAGUAGCUAGGGAUGUGGAAGCUGAUAAAGCUCUCUGUGAAGCAACACGUGGCGCAAGUGCAGUUCUUUUCCUUGCAUCUAAAGACCUCCCUCUGAAUCACCAGAGAGAACAGCUUAACCGCAUUCUUCAAUCAGUACCAAACGAUUCACUCCUUCCCCUUCUCGUUAUAAUCAGCUCAAGCAACCGUGAAAGCGUGGAUCCUGAUACCAACCUCGUCUCUGAGCUAGGCCUUCAUGAUAUUAACAAAUCAAAGAUCGCAAGCUUCACCAUCGUCUCUAUCGCUAAUAAAUCUCAGAAGGGACAUGAAGUUCGUUUUUUCAGCGAUUCACGGCUAAGGGACGGGCUUAAAUGGCUUGCGGGAAAUUCACCUCUGCAAGCAAAUCUCCAUCACGUUAAACCGCGAGAACUCGUUCUGACUCAUCUCAGUUUUUCACUGGAGUUGCUUAAGAAGAUGCCGGAUCAAGAACUUGGUCCUAACAUCUGCAUAUCAGCCUUCAACGACGCAUUGGAAACAUCAAAAAGAAACGUCGCUUCUGCUGCUGAAGCAAAUCCUAUCGGUUGGCCUUGCCCCGAAACAAUGUUGCUAGAGGAUAAUAGAAAAGAACAUUUAAUGUUAAAGCAGUAUUUACCCAACCUAGACUGGAGCAGCGCAGAGAGCAUCAAACCACUCAACUCCAUGCUCGAGAACUGUAAGCUUCCAUGUCUUGAAGAUGAUCUGAAAUGGUUAACCAAAAAAUGUGCUUCUGGUGAUGAGAUAGAGAACCAUACGCAACGGCUCGAGGGAUGCUUAGUUGAGUACUUGACACAGACAAGCAAUCUUAUGGGAGUCUCAUUAGCCGCCAAAGAAGCAGGAGUGAUGGUGCAAAGAAACACUAGACUCGAACUCCGUAGCUCAAGCUACUACCAUAUCAUCCCGAGAUGGAUCGGAAUCUUCCAGAGGAUCUUCAACUGGCGGAUAAUGGGUUUGCUAGAUUCGUCGUCUUCCUCAGCUUACGUACUGAAGUCCGACCUCACCAUGUCAGCUUCGAGCUAUGCUGAUAAGUUCUUGUCUGAAGAAGAAGCAGCAUACCAGUCUCCUCGUCCGAAUCUUCCUUUGCUUCGUGAAAUGAUCCAAAUCAGCUGCAGCCCCUUCAAGGCGUCUCAGGUUCAGACAGAAAGGGUUAUCGAUGAUCAUAGAGAUAUAGAUGAGACAAUGUUGGAGAAGAGUAGAGAAGCUUCUAGAAGGAUUGAUGUGAUGAUGAUAACUGAGGAUGAUGAGUUAGCUGAUGAAACUGAGAGAACGCUGAGGGAUAAAGAAAGAGAAGCUGCGGAGAAGAAGAUGAUGAAGGAUAGAGAAAGUGAGAGAUUAGAUGAAUUGUUGGAGAAAUGUAACUUGGUACAGAACAGCAUAGCUGAGAAGCUCUGCAUUUACUUUUGAAAGGUUCUUCAUCUCUUUCUGUUAAUGUUAAUGUUGUUGCAUGUUUCCAUGUCAGUUUAGUUGAGCUAGAGGGUGAAGAUGCUGCUAUUAUGAUUAAUGAUUUAAUAUGCAUGCUUACACACUAUUA